AUGCCUCUGAAGAUAAAGAAGGUAGUGGAUAACAAACCGGAUGAGGCCAGGAAGCCUGUAAAACUUAUUCUUCUUGGCGACAGCGCUGUUGGGAAAUCGAAGCUGGUGGAGCGCUUUUUGAUGCAGCGCUACAUUCCGGUACAAAUGUCUACAUACGCUCUGACUUUGUACCGCUACGACUUUAUCAGUGAAGAUGAUGAAGCAGUAGAUGUGGACAUUUGGGAUACGGCAGGGCAAGAACGCUUUUCAACGAUGCACCCCGCGUAUUAUCAUGAGGCUCACGCAUGCAUUUUGGUUUUUGACGUGACGCGGAAGGCAACGUACAAAAAUUUGGAGAAGUGGCUUAGUGAAAUGCGCAAUUACCGGGAACAUAUUCCCUGCGUUGUGGCAUGUAAUAAGAUAGACACGGAUCCAUCCGUGGUGUCAAAGGCCUUUGCGUUUGUAGAAAAGCAUAAACUUACAUUACAUUACGUAUCUGCUGCAGACGGGACCAAUGUUGUGCGGCUCUUUGAGACGGCUAUUUUAGAGGCCGUAAAGUACCAGAAGAGCCCCAAAAAUGAGGAUUUUAUGGCGCAGGUACUCGGAAUUAUAAAGGAAGGAGAACGAAAGGACGAAGCAGCGACAGCUGCUCCCCAAGGCGGUACCACUGCAGAUUAA